AUGCGGACACCUAUUGAUAUCCCCACCGACGCAGCCCGCGUGUUUACCGUCCUCUCAGCAGGCGGGAUAGGUAUCAUCCCCUCGAGCGUCGGCUACGGAAUCGUAGCGACUGAGGCUCCCGCUCUGCAGCGCAUCUACACUGUCAAGCGUCGCCAGCCGCAUAAGCGGCACGCUAUCAUAGGCAGCUAUGCGCUCCACCGCGAGAUCCACGUCCUCCCUUCCGACAAAAUGGAUCUCGUGCGCUUGCUGACAGUGGAUCUCAACCUCCCGCUUGGGGUGAUCGCUCCGUACAGAUGGGAUCACCCGUUAAUCGCGAGACUAGACGCAGAAACCCUAGAGGCGAGUUCGAUAAACGGCACGAUGGCCAUGCUGAUCAACGGGGGUCCGUUCCAAGAGGAGUUGAUACGGGUAGCUGCUGCUGCCGGCAGGGCGGUGCUAGGCUCGAGUGCGAAUCUCACCGGGCAAGGGACGAAGACGGUGGUGGAAGAGAUCGAGGAAGACAUUCGCGAGGCGGCGGAUAUUGUGGUUGAUUAUGGACGGGUGAGGGAUAGUUGGCCGCGGGCGAGUUCGACCAUGGUGGAUUUGGGGGCCAUGCGGGUGGUGAGGGUUGGGGCUUGCUAUGAGGUUAUUCGUGAUGUGGUGAAGAGGUUUGCUGGUGUACAAUGGCCGGAUCCGAGUGUCUGA